UCUGCUGGACUGGAGGAUCCACACUGGAGACUGGACACUCUCAGGAUGGACCAUGGUGGACCGCAGACACUGAAACCUGGUCUGAGGAAGUAUGCCUGUGAACUGGAACUGGAUCCAAACACAAUGAACAGAAACCUCAAACUGUCUGAUAACAACAGGAAGGUGACACAUGUGAAUGAGGAUCAGUCAUAUCCUGAUCAUCCAGACAGAUUUGACUCCUGGCCUCAGCUGCUGUGUAGAAAUGAUCUGACUGGUCGCUGUUACUGGGAGGUCGAGUGGAGACGAAAGGUAUAUAUAUCAGUGAGUUACAGAAGAAUCAGCAGGAAAGGAGACAGUGAUGACUGUGUGUUUGGAUGGAACGAUCAGUCCUGGAGUCUGGAGUGCUCUAAUGAUGGUUACUCUGUCCGUCACAAUAAGAGAGAAACAUACAUCCACUCCUCCUCCUCCUCCUCCUCUGUCUCUAACAGAGUAGCAGUGUAUGUGGACUGUCCUGCUGGCACUCUGUCCUUCUACAGAGUCUCCUCUGACACACUGAUCCACCUCCACACCUUCAACACCACAUUCACUCAACCUCUGUGUGCUGGGUUUGGGCUCUAUUGGUCUGGUUCCUCAGUGUCUCUGUAGGAGGAGCAGAGAGGAGCAGUGAGGAGCAGAGAGGAGUAGUGAGGAGCAAUUUCUUAGUUUCCACA